AUGUCUAGCUACUAUGGUCAGGAUAGCAAUAUGUUGGUGCUUCUGCAGAAGAUAUCCUUUGUCUUCACGGAGAAGAUCAAGGAGAUCAUGACACUGAAGAUGUUAUUCUCAAAUCCUGCAGUUUUUAUCAAUAAUCGCGCCACUGAAUCGGCCAAUUUGCUGAACUCCUGGAAGAAGGCUUACAUCGAUACUAGGACAUUCAUUGAGGUGUCCAACAUUAGUUCCCGCUGGGAGUUCGAUAGGAGCCUUUUGUUCCAGGACGUUGAUCAUAUUGCACAUAUAAGUCAGGACAUUGCAGAGAUAUCUCGGAUAUUUAUUGAAUUUGAGAAUAUGUUCAAUGCUCGUCUCAAAUCAAUUAUUACAGACCCCGAGGAGGUGGACAAUAUCAUGAAACGUGUAUACAGCCUCAUUGAUUUGAUUGUCCAAAUUGACUAUGAUGUCUUUCGCAGUGGCAAUCUCGAGAAUUGGAUGGCCACUCUGGAUCUGUUUAGGAGGAAAAUUCAGAUGUGUGAGACUCAGGGAAAAUUUGUGCUAGAUAACUGUAUCGAUUCCCUGCGUUCUGCAGAAUUUGGCCUGGAAUUGAUUGCAGACCUUCCCACUAUCGAAACCCGAAAUAUUUUUAUAGAACACAUGCAGAGGAAGUACGAGAGUGUCCUAAAGAAAUUUCUCAGUGAAAUCACUUUGGUUGAAAAUGAAUUUGUGAAAAAUAUAUCCAGUCCACCACUCUUGAGGGAACAGCCUCACUGUGCAGGAACAAUAAUCUGGGAGAGAUUGCUAUAUCAACAUUUGCGGAAGUCCGUGGUGGCAUUUCAGUUGAUUGAGGCAGAUCCAAAAGUGGCAAAGACAUACUUAAGUCAGAUUGCAAUGACACAGUACUUUGAACUGACACAGAAAAUGUUGAACUACGAAAAGCAAUUCUUCAGCCAAUUCGAACAGAAAGCCAUUUACACCGUAAACAGAAUUUUGCAAGGGAAUAUUCUGAAACUGGAGUUUAUUGAUUCUACUCACUUCGCUCAGAGAUCAAUCAAUAAGUUCGACGAGAGGCAGACAUUCACUUUGAAAAAACGUCGUGUGAUUAAUACAAAGUCAAAGGCAAUCAGAAAGUUCAUCUCAACAGCAAACACACUGAAAUGGCUCUUUUGUCGUCCUGAAGCAUCAAAUUUGGAUUUAGUGAAAGCCAAUGAAUACAUUAAGGGGGCGUAUAAAGAUGUAAAGUGCCAUUCGCAAGUAAAAGAGGCAAAAUUUCUAAUAACAGCAACGAAUCAAGUGAAAAUUCCAACUUGGACUGAAGUAAUUGGGAAUGAAAUUCUCGUAAAAUUUAAUGUGAAAUUCACAGUGAAUUUUUCACAUGACAUUUUCAACGUUAUUGCCGAGGGCCAUCAAUUUGAAUAUUUGGACUAUAAAAUGAAGCCCGUAAUACGGAUGGCAAUUAUGAGAAAAGACACCCUCUAUCUCGAUCUGAUUGCUGUUCGUGGUAUUAUUAGGAGGUACAAUGAAAUCAUCGAAAAGCUCUCGAUAGCUGAGAUAUUUUUCCUGAAGGAUCUUCUACAUGAAAUAGAAUCAAUUAUUCAAGCUGGACUUGGCAGAUAUACGUGGCAGGCAUUUAAUAUUACCACUUAUUGCGCCCGAUGUAAAAUGCUCCUGAAACAUUUGUCAGCCGUUGUACUGCAAAUCCACUAUAUUGCCAAUGAUGUAAAAGAACGAGUGUCGCGUAUUGAAAAUUUCUCCUUGAUGAUUCUGGGAAAUGAGAUAUUUGGACGUGGUGAGGCAGGGCAUGAAAUGCGAAAAAGCUCAUUACGGAAGUUCAGCAAGGAGUUCACCACUCGUAAAUCUUCAAAACGUGACUCACGUGUAACGAUUGUGGGGCAAAAUUCAAUUUUGCCCUGUCACGAGUACUUUCGUGAACUCAAUAAUCGACGCAAUGAAAAAAUGAAUAUACUCCAGCGUCAAUAUGAAUCAAUUGGGCCACAGUUGAUAAAACUAGAAUCCUUGGUACUUGGAACAUAUACAGGUGACUCAGAGAAGAUGUGUGAAUACUAUGAACACUGGCAGUGUGAAAUAUUUCGUGCUCUUGUGAAAUUCACCCAGAAUAAUCUCAAUCAAUUUGUGACGGUGCUCGGUGAUGAGCCAAUUUUUCAAGUAGAUGCUACACUAUCAAUAACGGAAAUUAUUUUGCGACCAACCGCUAAGGAGAUUUACAACAUUGUCCUGCACUCGGCAAAUGAUUUUCUCAAUCGCACCAAGACAUUUACAAGAUGGAUGCAGGGUAGUUGCAUCCCAUGCUCAUCUUCGGUUAAAGUAGAGCACAACACUGCAGGUGGAAAUUGUCUCGAUGCACCUCCAGAUGCACCACCCAGUGUUUCCUUCUUCGAGGACAUCAUACAGAAUCCGGCCAUUGGAAACUCAAUCAGGCAGAUUGAAAAUAUUAUUGCACAAUCAAUUGCAGACAUCAAGAAGUACUUAACACGUUGGAAAAAAUACAAAAGUUUGUGGAUGUUCGAUAAGGCGGCAAUAUGUGAGAAGUUUUUAAAUAAAGGAAUGCCAUUGAUUCGAUUAGAUGAGAAAUUUCUCUUCUACAUGCAAAUUGUUUCGGAUCUUUCAAAGCAUAACCCCUAUUACGAUGUUAAAGCGAUUAGAAUUAACCUUCGUCCAUUAAUAGACAGCAUUAAGAGUCAUGCAAUAGAAUGGAAAAAUACUCUUGGAAAUAUUCUAGCUGAACGUACUCGUAAUAAUAUGUUUCAACUGAGGAAUCAAAUUAAGAUGCUUAAGCGUGAUUUAGAUCGCAAUAUAAAUGGUUUGGUGGAUUUUAAGACAGUAAUGCAGACAAUUAGCAUCAUCCAAUCCACAACACUAACGGUGGAAAUUCAAGUGAAAGAAAUGCAGGAGAUUUUUAGCAUCUUGGAAGAGCACUGCAUUAGAUUUUCCUUUACCGAUAUGCUAAUGUCGUAUGAAUUGGAGAAGAGAUGGAAAAAACUGUAUAAAUCAUCACUAUAUCGUUCAGCUACAUUGGAAAUGGUUAAAGUGAAAUUUGCAGCUCUCACAUCAGUGGAAAUUAGCUCGUUUACGCUAAAUUUGGAUGAAUUCAUUAAAAAGUUUAACGACAUGGGGCCAGGUUCUGUUGGUGACGACAUGAAUCAAGGACUUGAGUUGAUGGAUACAUUUGACUCUCUCUUUGACACAUACGACGCACAAAGAUUAGAACUAGUGAAUGCUGAAAAACUUUUCGAUAUGCCACUAACAGACUACACGGAAUUUUUACAUGCAAAGAAGGAUUUUGAAAAUUUGAGAAUGAUUUACAAAUUAUAUCGCCAUCAGCGGAAUGCAAAGGAGAAUUGGUCAAAAACGAUGUGGAAUCACAUGAAUCCUAAUACGUUGACAAAUGGUAUGGAGAAUUAUAUGCAAGAGUUUCGAAUGUGGCCACAGAAGAUACAAGAAAUUCCGGUGGCACAGACACUAAGGAGGAAGAUGGAGCACUUCAAGGAGUCCAUACCACUAAUGCUGGCGCUCAAGAAUGACGCCUUAAGACGACGACACUGGCAACGUCUUAUGACUGAGACAAAUUGCAUGUUUGACCAUGAAAGUGGGGAAAAAGUUCUUCUUGAGAAUAUCUUUGCCAUGAAACUCUACAAGCACCGGGACACAGUCAAUGAGAUACUAGCUACGGCUGUUAAGGAACUUUCCAUUGAAAAUGCUAUGCUUAUCAUUGAGACAACAUGGAAUGAAAUGUCCUUUACUGUCAUUGAACACUUCAAAGAUGGACAGCAGAGAGGAUUCAUCCUGGGAAAUAUAGACUACAUCACUCAAGCUCUGGAGGAUAAUUUUGUGAAGCUCCAAUCAAUGUCAUUCUCACCGGUUAUUAGUCCAUUCCUGAGUGAUGUCAAAGAGUGGGAGAAGAAAUUGUCUCUGGUAUCUGAAAUUAUUGAUGCCUGGAUUAGUGUCCAAAGCAAAUGGAUGUAUUUAGAAGGAAUCUUCAUUGGGACAAAUAUUAGAGAUGAAUUGUGCAAUGAAGCACAGAAAUUCGACAGUAUCGACAGAAGUUAUCAAGAGAUUAUGCAAAACUGUGCUGAAAAGCUAAAAGUGAUUCCCAUGUGCAUGGUGUCAAAUCGAUUGGAAAAAUUUAAGAGGCUCAACGUGGGAAUGGAAGAGUGUCAGAAGGCACUGGAUGACUUUUUGGAGAAAAAACGCCAAAAAUUCCCACGAUUCUAUUUUAUAUCAUCGGAUGAAUUGCUAUCAAUUCUGGGCCGUACACGAGAAAAUCCACUAACCAUUGAGUGUCACAUAAUAAAAAUGUUCGACAAUGUUAGAGCACUGAAAAUCUCUCAGUUAGAUGAUGCAUCAACCGGUAGCCAGCAGCACCUGACAUCUUCCUCUGGCUCUCAAUUCCAAUCGACAGAAUCCAAGUUGAGGCGGGAGCUAAUGUCUGUGGUGGGAAUGAUAGCUGAGAAUGGUGAACUGCUCAACUUCCGGAAUUCUGUGGACCUUAAUGGUGGUGUGGAAGAAUGGAUGAACACUAUACUGAGCGAGAUGCAAUUGUCAAAUCGAUACAUAUCUAAGAAGGCAAUUUAUGACUUUGGCAUCCACAAAGAGUGCUCCAGGCAUUCUUGGAUCCAGUCCUAUCCCACCAUGGUUGUUGUUGUGGCGAAUCAAAUUUGGUGGACGGCACAAGUGGAAGAGGUUUUUGCUAAGAUUGAAGGAGGCAAUAGGGAUGCCAUGAAAGAGUAUCUGGAGACCCAUAAUACCCAACUGGAGGCAAUAGUAGCUUUGAUAAGGGGUGAAUUGACACCACGUGAACGUCACAAGUUGAAAAUUCUCACGAUAAUUGAUAUUCAUGCUCGUGACACCAUUGACGGCUUCGUCCAGGAUGGCGUGUGCGACAGUCAGGAGUUUAAGUGGGAGCGUCAAUUGCGCUUCUACUGGCUCAAAGAGUUCGAUAAUAUUGUCGUUGUUCAGUGCGGUGGACGUUUCAUGUAUGGCUACGAGUAUGUCGGCCUCACUAGCCGAUUAGUAAUGACUCCACAGACAGAUCGGAUUUACUUGGCCAUCACCCAGGCACUUACGUUGAAUUUGAGUGUGGCAUUGGAGGGUGGAGCUGGUACGGGUAAAACGGAAAUUAUCAAGGAUUUGGCGAAAACGAUGGCGUUGCUGUGUGUCGUAACAAAUUGUGGCCAUGGUCUCGAUUAUCCUGCAUUUACAGCCAUCCUGUGUGGAUUGGUGCAGUGUGGUGUAUGGGGAUGCUUCGAUGAAUUCAAUCGCAUUGACAUCGCCCUACUCAAUGUACUAUCAACCAGACUGCAAGCAAUUAGAAGUGCAUUAGUUAUGAAGACCUUUCACUUGAUUUUUGACAACCGCGAAAUUCAAUUGGACAGAAAAGUUGGUAUCUUCGUGACCAUCCAUCCAGCCUAUUUGGGUCGCAUUGAGCUCUCGCAAUCAAUUAAGUCCCUUUUUCGGCCAGUAACGUGCUUGGCACCGGAUUACGAGGCUAUCUGUCUGAUUUCCCUGAUUUCUGACGGCUUCACCACGGCCAAAUUGCUGGCUCGCAAGAUGACGACGCUGUAUAAAUUAGCACGGAGUCAGCUCUCGCGUCAGAAUCAUUAUGACUGGGGUAUCCGGUCACUGAUGACCAUCCUGCGGCAGGUUGGUGAGAUGAAACGCCAUCAUCCGGAUAGUUGUGUUGAGUCAACAAUUGUCGUACGGGUAUUGCGUGAUGUAAACUUCAUCAAACUGAUACCGGAUGAUGUGAGAAUUUUUCUAAAUUUAAUCAAGGAUCUAUUUCCGGGUGAGAGUAUGGAGAGCCAGUGUGGUGACAUACAAAUCAACAAUGCCAUUACUGCUAGCUAUCAGGCACUCAAAUAUACACUGGUGGGAGAACAGGAAAUUAAAGUACGGCAACUUUGGGAAACAAUCACAAGUCAUCAUAGUGUGAUGCUCCUGGGUGGUUCUGGUGGUGGAAAGAGUACUGUACUGAAGGUACUUCUCCAGGCACUCAAUUGUCACCUGAAUUGGACCACAAAGUCCAUUACGUUGAAUCCAAAGGCGUACACAAUUGCUGAACUAUAUGGAUAUUUUGCAUUGGACCGUUGGCACGAUGGUCUCAUCUCCAAGAUAUUCCGUGAGAUAAAUACGUGCGGGAUGAGGAUGAACGAACGUAGAUUUAUCUGUUUCGAUGGAGAUGUUGAUCCACAUUGGAUAGAGAAUAUGAACAGUGUGUUGGAUAACAAUAAAUUACUUAUUCUCACAAAUGGUGAACGUAUCCAACUCCAGAAUCACUGUACGUUGCUCUUUGAAAUUGGUCAUCUAAAAUAUGCCAGUCCAGCAACAAUUUCACGUUGUGCUGUGAUUUAUAUUGAUCCUAUAAAUCUGGGCUUUGUGCCAUAUUGGCGGAAAUGGGUGGACGAAUAUGAAAAUAAUGGGGAAAAGCAACAAUUAAUAAAACUCUUUGACCGAUACAUCGUGCCAACAUUGAAAAUUCUCAACCAAAGUCCAUCUUCAUUGCACGAUGCUCAGGAGGACACAGCUAACAUCUCAAUGGUCAUUGAGAGGAGUGACUUGAGCCUGGUGAUACAGUUCUGUGACAUACUUUCCACCUUCUGUCCCACCACUUCAUCCUACACCGCAGAUGUUCUUGAGUGUCACUUCAUAUGCUGCCUCUAUCUCUCCUUGGGUGCCACAGUUGUUGAGGGCCAUCGAGAGAAAUUUGACCAAUUUGUCAAAAUGAAAAUCAAUAGAAACACCUUCGUUGACACAAAGGAAAAUCCCGCAAAUGCCACACAAGUGCCCAUCGGCAGGAAGACCCUCUAUGACUAUUUCUUUGAUCCUGAGAAAAAUUUAUGGAUCGCUUGGGAGUGGAUUGUUCCAGAAUUUACCCUCAAAAUGGAAUGCAUUAAGAGGUUUCAGGAUAUCCUUGUGCCAACUGUCGACACCAUUCAAAUUGAUUAUCUCUUCAGUCGCAUAAAUAAAAUUAAUCGACCCAUUGUGGUGAUUGGUGACGUUGGAACGGCAAAAACUACCCUCAUUAAUAAUUUUCUCAUGCAGCAGGAUUGCAAAAAAUACGUGAGACUCAAUUUAAAUUUUUCAUAUCGAACCAAAUCAGUCGAUGUGCAGAGUGCCAUUGAGGGAAUGAUAGAGAAACGCACAAAGUUCAUAUAUGGACCAGCAGCGGGAAAAAACGUAUCGGUGUUCAUUGAUGACAUGAAUAUGCCGCAUGUUGAUGAGUAUGGGAGUCAGGAGCCAAUUGCACUUCUGAAGCAGCUAUUUGAAUUUGUAGGACUCUUUGACCGUGUCAAUGAUCUUCGAUGGAAAUUUAUUCGUGACUUAAGUUUCUAUGCAGCGAUGGGAAGUCCUGGAGGAGGACGAAAUGACAUUGAUCGGCGAUUCCUCUCAAAAUUCUUUAUUCUCUACAUCCCACCACCCAGUGACCUCAUCCUCAAAUACAUCUAUACCUCCAUCCUCCGAGGGCACUUUGCUGAAUUCACUCCAGCCAUACAGCUCAUCACUGACGUCAUUAUUCAAAUGACACUGAAUCUCUUAAGGUUAAUUCGUCAAGAUCUACCCCCUACCCCAGGGCGUUUUCACUAUAUCUUCAACAUGAAGGAUAUAUCCCGGAUUUGCAAUGGGAUUCUGCUCGCUCAACCGGAUUUGUUCAAGGAAUCACGCCAAGUUAUAAGACUCUGGCGCAAUGAAUUUACUAGAGUCGUAGCUGACCGUUUUAUAUCCAAAAAGGAUGAAAAUAUAUUUACAAAGCACCUCACAAGUCAAGUUGAACACUAUUUUCCGCCAGUUCCAUGCGAAAGUGUUCCGGGAACAGGAAGAGAGGGUGGUGAGAUGCACCUCAGACAAAUGGGUGACACUUCAUCAACUGUACAUUCGUCUGAUGAAGGUGGUGACAAUAGGUUACCAUUGAAUCAGGAGCUGACAAAAGAUAUACCAAUGCAUGAAUAUAUUCUUCGAGAUCCACUUCUCUUUGGUGAUUAUCGCAAUACAGUGAAUGAUACUAAACAGAGGUACUACGAAGACCUCCUUGACUACGAAGCCAUUUACUUCCUCUUCCAAGAGAUCCUCGAUGAGUACCAACAGCAGAAUCGACUGAGAAAAUUGGAUUUGGUACUCUUUGAGGACUGCCUUGAGCAUUUAACACGGCUCCAUCGUCUUUUGCGAAUGAAUAGGGGCCAUGCGACACUUGUAGGUCUUGAUGGCUUUGGGAGGCAGAGUAUGGCCAAAUUGGCAGCUUUUGCAGCCGAAUGUGAUUUAUUCAAGAUUGUUAUCAACCGCAACUACUCUGAGGUCACAUUCCGAAGUGAUUUAAAGCGACUUUACCACCAAUUGGCCACCAAGGGGAACAAGACAGUCUUUAUCCUGUCGGAAAAUGAGAUUCUUGAUGACACAUUCCUUGAGCAUGUUCACAAUAUUCUAACAACUGGCAAUAUUCCAACGUUGUUUAGUGAGGAUGAAAAAAAUGUGCUAAUUGGAUAUCAUCAACAAGUUGAACAACAGUCCGAUUAUCAAGCGGUUCGUCGAGAGCUUUGGUCAAAGUUCCUGGAGAGAUGCAUGGAUAAUUUGCACUUUGUCCUUUGUAUGUCACCUGUUGGUGACAAAUUCAGAAGGCGAUGUAGAUAUUUUCCAAGUUUAAUUGGAAAUACCACAAUCAAUUGGAUUUUUCCCUGGCCAGAACAAGCACUCUUCACAGUUGCACGAGUUUUUCUUGCUGAACAUCCUCAGAUUCCUGAAAUACACCGAGAGAAUAUAAUAACACACGUUGUUCAUGUCCAGAAGACAAUUGUACAUUAUGCAAGAGAGUAUCUCAAGAAGUUUCACCGAAGAUUCUAUGUGACUCCGAAACAUUAUUUGAAUUUUUUGCAUAUGUUUCUCAAUUUAAUUGAAAAACAUCAAUUGUCUAUGACGAAUCAGCACAAUAAACUUUUGGAGGGUAUAAAUCGAGUGACAGAAGCUGUUGAGCAAAUAGACCAAUUGAAAAUGAUGGUGGAGGAGCAGAAGAAGAAUGUUGUAGCCUCGACGGAGAAAUGUGCAUCAGUGCAGAGAAAUAUCGAAGAUUUGAAGGAGAAGAUAAAUUUGAAACAAACUGAAAUAUCAUUGAAAUCAAUUGAUGUAAAAGAAAGGACAAAACAAAUUGAAUUGGAAAAAAUAACAGCAGAGGAAGUUUUAAUGGCUGCAAUUCCAUUAUUGGAGAAGGCACGUCUAGCCCUUGGUGAUCUUGAGAAAUCAGAUAUAACGGAAAUCAGAAGUUUUGCUACACCGCCGGAAGCGGUUCAGGUGCUGUGCGAGUGUCUUUUAAUAUUGAAAGGCGCCAAAGAUGUUUCUUGGAAGGCAGCCAGGACAGUUAUGGCUGAGGCAGACUUCUUGAAGAACUUGCAAGAGAUGAAUUGUGACACAAUUAGUCAGAAACAAUUGACAGCAGUGAAAAAUCAUAUGAAGAAAACCACCAAAAUGGAAGACAUGAAGGCGAUAUCGAAGACAGGAUAUGGAUUGCUCCAGUUCCUUAAGGCUGUAAUUCAAUACUGUGAGAUACUGAGGGAGGUGAAACCCAUGCAGGAGAGAGUUAAGAAAUUAGAGCAGGAGCUGUCUGAUGAGGUGGCAAUGGUAGAUGGUAUGAAGGACCAAGUAAAAUUGACUCAAGACGAAUUGACCAAUUACUCAACCCAAUAUCAAACACUAAUCGACGAGAAGCAAAUACUGCAAGAAAUGCUGGAACAAGGAGAAAGACGAUUAUUCACAUCUGAUAGACUGAUGAUCGGCUUAAAGUCUCAACUGGAGAAAUGGUCAAGUGAUUUAAAUAAGUUAGAAGUGGAUAAAUCGAAAGUUGUUGGCAAUUGUUUGCUCUCAGCAUCGUUUUUGUCCUAUGCUGGACCUUUUUCUUUCAACUUUCGCAAAUCUAUCGUGUAUGACGAUUGGUACUUGGAUAUACUUGCCAAGGAGAUUCCCAUCAAUACUCCAUUUAAAAUCCAAAAUUUCCUUUUAACGGAUGACAGCGAUAUAAUUUUAUGGACCAGAGAGGGUCUACCAAAUGAUGAUUUCUCUCAACAAAAUGCAAUUCUCACACUCUAUUCAAUGCACUUUCCAUUGUGCAUUGAUCCACAGCAACAAGCAUUGGAGUGGAUAAAGUCCAUGGAGGAGAAAAAUGAUGUUAAAGUCACAAAUUUUGGUGACACAAAUUUUCUAGAGUACCUCGAGGGUGCGAUUGAAUGUGGUCGACCAAUUGUAUUCGAGGACAUCGAUGACUAUGUGGAUUUGAUAAUUGAAAAUGUUCUGGUGAAGAAUAUUAUUGAGCAUGAGGAUGGACAUCAAUUUGUCAUGGUGGGCAAUCGUCAAGUGACUUUCAAUGUGAACUUUCGACUCUAUCUGGUGACAAAGAUGUCCAAUCCACAUUUAUCAUCGGUAAUAUUCAGCAAGGCGAGCGUUAUCAAUUUCACAAUGAUUCACAGUGGACUGGAACAGAAAUUGCUCACGAUAUCUGUGUCCAUGGAGCGUCCCGAUGUCGAGGAGGAGCUUGAUGGACUGGCCAGUGAAAUUGUGGCAAAGAGGCAGCUGCUGAGGGAGCAAGAAAUAUUCAUUCUGCAUGAAUUAUCCACUACAAUGGGCAACAUACUCGACAAUAUUGAUCUAAUCACAACCCUCGAGACAUCCAAUGCCAAAUAUGUGGACAUUUGCCAGCAUCUCCACGAUGUAGCCCGUAUGAUGGAGAACAAUGAUAGAAUGCGCAGCCAGUAUCGUGAUAUUGCUAGCUAUGGUGCAUGCAUAUUCCUUGCAAUGUCUGAUAUGGCAAAAGUUAAUCAAAUAUAUCAGUAUUCAUUGGGGACUUUUAUCAACCUCUUCCGUCAAGCACUCAAGACAGCUCCCGAAGAAGUCACCUUCGAGACUAAAGUUGCCAUCAUCAAAAAUAAUCUCCUGAGGAAUACCUACAAUUGGUGCAGUAUUGGAAUUUUUCAGCGAGAUCAAUUGCUCUUCACAUUCGGCAUAGUGCUCAAAUUGAGUGUUCAGCGAGGUGAUUUGCAUCAACGUCAAAUUGAUUUUCUUUUUGGUGGUUCAUCCAUGAACACCAACCAAACGGAUGACGAUAGCUCUGAUAGGAGAUACGAUGGUUGGGAUGAACCAGUGGCCCAAUUAAAAUUCAUGACAGUGAAUGGAAUGGCUGAUGCACAGAGGUUGAUGAAAGAAUUCCCAGAGAAAUUUUCCACGCUUGUGGCAAAUAUUGAAAUGCAGUGUGAUUUGUGGGAAGAGUGGUGCUACUCAGAUGCACCUGAAGAUUUAUCCGUUCCAUUGAUGCCGCAUUUGAAUAAUUUUGAGAAAUUAAUGGUAUUGCGAUGCUUCAGACGAGAUCGUCUCUAUCGAGCCAUCCACAAGUUUGUUAUCAGUGAACUUGGGGAGGAAUUUGUGGCACCCAUUGUACUAAAUUAUCGCGAAAUCUAUGCCAGAACUUCCUCAUCUAUUCCGGUAAUUUUUGUGGUUGGUCCAGGCACAAAUCCAACUGAGGAUAUUGUGAGGUUCUCAACGACACCGGAACAAGUGCGGAUGAUCUCACUGGGAGAGGGUCAGGAGACGACAGCAUGGAAAAUGCUGGAGGAAUGUGCUGAAAAUGGACAGUGGCUUUUGUAUGAAAAUGCCCACAAUCUGCCGAAAUUUAUGAGGCAUGUUGAACAACAUUUCCAUCAAGCAUGGGAUGCUGAUGAGAACUUCCGUCUAUGGAUAACAAUGAGCGAAAGUGAUGCAUUUCCCCCAGGAUUGCUGGAGAAAUCUGUGAAAAUUGUCACGGAAAUCCCAAAGGGACUCAAGUACAAUCUCAAAUCUACCAUCAGUCGAAUUGAAUUUGAGACACUUGAAGCAUUUGACCAUCCAGCACUCAAGCCACUCAUUUUUGUUCUAACCUUCUUCCAUGGUGUGAUGCAGGAGAGGAGAAAAUACGGAAAAAUUGGCUGGAACAUUCCAUACGAAUUUAAUGACACAGACUUUAGCAUUUCCCUGCAAAUCCUCUGCCUCUACCUCACUAAAGCUCUCACGUCCCGACAAUCAAGGAUCUCUUGGGACAUUCUCAAGUGCCUCAUAGGUGAUGUCGUGUACGGAGGAAGGGUAUUUGAUGAAUACGACAAUCGAGUGGUAUCAUGCUAUAUGAAUGAAUAUUUUGGUAACUUCCUCUUUGACACCUUCCAGCCAUUUCACUUUGCUGAUGACUUUAACGUGCACUACACCUUUCCCAUUUCGGCCACAAAGCAGCAAUUUGUGGAUGUUAUCGAUGGACUUCCACUAAUAACAUCACCAGAACUCCUAGGUCUUCAUACAAAUGCAGAGAUCAAUUACUACGAAGCUUUAAUUGGAGAAAUGCUGGGAAAAAUGAGAAAAUAUCAACCAAGAGAAGUGAUUUUAUGGCAGCACCUUUCGAGUGAUUGGGAUGGAGAUGAAGAAAUUGGAGCUUCUCGGGAGAGGAUUAUUGAAGAUAUUGCCAGUGAUAUUUUGGGAAAAUUGCCAAGGCAGUACGACAUCGAGAAGGUGAAGAAGGCCUAUCAGAUUAACAUAACCGCCACUGGGGUGGUCUUAAUACAAGAACUAGAACUCUUCAAUACCCUCAUAUGCCACAUAAAAGAUCACUUAAUUCUUCUCAAACAGGCACUCGCUGGAGAUGCUGAGAUGGAUGAGGUUUUGGACGAUGUGGUUGAUGCCCUAUUUGCAGGAAGAUUGCCCAAUGAGUGGCGGAAGUAUGCUCCGGAGACAUGCAAAAGACUCGGAGGGUGGAUUGAUCAUCUUCUCAGACGUAAUCAACAGUACAAGUAUUGGUCACUUUCUGGAGAACCUCUUGUAAUGUGGCUUUCAGGACUUCAUGUACCAAGGAGCUAUAUCACUGCCCUAAUUCAGAUUGCUGCCAGGGAGAACAAUUGGCUUCUUGAGCAAUCUACAACAUUCACAAUGGUCACAGAUGUUCUCAUUGAUGACGACAUAGAGGAACGCCCGUCUUGUGGAUGUUACACAAGUGGCUUGUUCCUUGAAGGCGCCAGAUGGGAUCCCAUUCUCAAUUGUCUGGCCAAGUCGAAUCCCAAAGUGCUCAUAGAACAAUUGCCCGUUAUCCUCGUGACACCAAUUGAGGAGCAUCGGGUGAAGUUGCAGAACAUUUUUCAAGCUCCUGUGUACACGACCUCCAACCGCCGGGAUAAACGAGAGCAGGGCUUUGAGUUUCAAGUGGAUUUAAAGACGAACAUUCAUGAGAGUUUCUGGAUUCUUCAGGGUGUUUGUCUUCUUCUGAAUACUGAUUAACUUCUUGUGGUGUCGAUGGAAAAAGUGCAGAGUGCAGAUCUAUUUAUCAAUUUUGCCAUAUAAUAUUUU